AAAAAGAAAAAGAACUCUUAUGAAAAAAGUAAAUUUAAAUAAAUUGACAACCGUAAUUACGAUAAGAAGUAAAAACUCACCAGCAAACAUAUGUAAAAGAUCAAAACUAAUGUAUCAAUAUACCAUCUGAUCAAAUUUGACCCGGACUGGUCCAUUUAAACCGCGCGCGUAAAUUGAAUCGGUAAAAAUUUUUUUUUUCUAGAUUGGUACAACCUUCUCUGACAUUCGUGUGAAAUUUGAGCGGGAUACGUCAGUUAGUGUGUGUUUGGCAGCCAUUUGUUUACGACGCAAAAAGUUUCUCUGGCGAUUUUUACUAUGAAAAAAAAAAUUGAACAACGAGUUUGCUUGAAAUUUUGUGUUUCCAAUGGAAUUACGGCUACGGAAUCAUUGAAAAUGUUGCAGAAGUGUUUUGGGGAGUCUACUCUAUCGAGAACGCAAGUAUUUGAGUGGCAUAAAGCAUUCAGUGAGGGUCGUGAGGUCGUAGAAAACUUGUCUCAUGCGAGUCGUCCAUCCACCUCUGUUAACGACGAUAACAUGGAAAAAGUGAAGGAAAUUGUGCUUGAAAAUCGUCGUGUUGGCAUUAGAGAGAUAGCAGAAGCUCUCAACAUCUCUUAUGGAUCGACUCAACACAUUUUGGGCAGACAAUUCAUGGAUUUUUCACCACGAUAAUGCGCCGUCACAUUCCAGCCUGAUUGUGACUGAAUUU